AGUAGAAGUAGUAGUAGAAGUUGCGUGGUGCGUACGUGUGUGCCAUACGCAGUAGUAGACGGCUAACUGCCCUCCGUCUCAACGCAUCGCAUUCUAUUUUCCCGUGUGGCGGAUCAGCGGAAAAUUGGUUUUCAUGAUAUCUGCUUGGAUAAAUCCCUAUAAUGAGAAGUGCGGAACUUUAAAAGUUCCCGACUCUUACUCCCAACGGAUCAUGGACAGCUAUCAUGUACAGGCGCAUCAGCAGAACAGUUACGGCAGCAACUGCUCUAAUGCCACCAGCCGCCAUGGUGCCGGAGGUGCCGGAGCAACGACGGCGACGACGACGAUCUACACCAAUCCACAUGCCUACCCGGUGGCCACGUUCAACUAUGCGACGAUGAGUUACGCUCAUUCGGAGGGUGGUUCGGUUUCGCCACCGCCAUCACCCCGCUCGAACAGCUCCAUUUCGUCGGCGUACUCGUCGUCGUCGUCGACGACCGCCUCCCUGGCGGCAUCGUCCGGUUCGUCCUCAUCGUCGGCUUCGUCGACCUCGUCCUCAUCGUCCUGUAUCUCAUCGGCUGGCUCCGAGACGGGUGCUUCGUACGAGCACCUGGACAUUUCGGCCCAACGGUUGGCAGUGCUGUCCUUCGAGCAGGUGAUGAAGCUGAACGACGUGAUGAACGAGCCGGUUUCGAUACACGGUCGCGGCAACUUCCCGACGCUGGAGGUGAAGCUGAAGGAUCUGGUGAACAUUGUGCGCGAGAAGCUCGAGGCGGAGGUGGUCGCCGGUGGUGCUGGAAUGACGGUAAAGGACAUUCGUCUGAACGGCGGUGCAGCUAGUCAUGUGUUGGCGUCCGAGCCGCAGCCAUACAACGAUCUCGAUCUGAUUUUUGCCGUCGACUUCAGCACCAGCCGGAGUUACGAUCGCGUUAAGUCGGCCGUACUGUCCUCGCUGCUUGACCUAAUGCCGGAGGGUGUGGUGAAGCGCAAGAUCACGCAGUGCUCGCUCAAGGAAGCGUACGUCGGCAAGAUGGUGAAGGUGAACAGUGACGGCGAUCGCUGGAGUCUCAUCUCGCUCGGCAACUCGCCCGGCCACAAGAACGUGGAGCUAAAGUUUGUCGACACGAUGCGUCGGCAGUUUGAGUUCAGCGUCGACUCGUUCCAGAUCGUGCUCGAUUCGCUGCUACUGUUUUACGACUGUGCCGAGAUGCCGAUGAUCACCGAGAAUUUCUAUCCGACCGUGGUGGGUGAGUCGGUGUAUGGCGACUUCCAGGAGGCACUGUACCAUCUGCAGAAGAAGCUGAUCUCUACGCGCCAACCGGAGGAGAUCCGUGGUGGCGGUCUGCUCAAAUACUGUAACCUGCUGGUACGAAACUACGUACCGGUCGAUCCGCAGCGCAUCAAGACGCUCGAGCGGUACAUGUGCUCGCGGUUCUUCAUUGACUUUCCCGACAUCGGACAACAGCGCAGCAAGCUGGAGUCGUACUUGAAGAACCACUUCUUCGACGAGGGUGAGGAGCACCUGCAGCACCAGUACCUGAUGCAUUUAUUCGAAGUCGUCGAGCAGUCGACGGUGUGUCUGAUGGGGCACGAGCGCCGCCAGACGCUCAUGCUGAUCGAAUCCCUUGCCAUGGAGAUCUUUUACCGCGAUCAGCAGCAACAACAUCAGCAACAGCAUACCGCUGCUCUGAUCAGUACAGCCACCACUGUCCAGUCGUCGGCCACACACACUCAGCAGCAGCAGCAGCAACAGCAGCAUACCACGCUUCAGCUCCAGACGCAAAUGUCCCAUCUGUCGCUGUCGCCCCAACAGCUCUCCCCGCAAUCGCCCACCCUGAUGGCUCAUUCGCCGAACCACCAUCAGCACCAGGCGCAAUCGCAACAGCAGCAGUCACAGCAAGCAUCUCCACAGUGUCCGACCACGGCACAGCAAGUACAAUCGCAGCAGUCGCAGCAACAGACGCAACAACAGUCGACCGCGAUCACCCAGACCCAGGCGAUCGCACUCGCACCGCAACCGGGACUGUUGUACGCGAACGGAAUCUACUACGCUCCGCUCAUUCCCUACACCCAGUGCACGUGUAACAGCUGGAUAACGACGUGAUUAGUGAGUUCGCUGCCGGCGGUGGCAGGCCCCAGUAGCAUCAUCAGCAUUGCCGGCACCAACCUUUCGCCGGAGCUAGCCGCCGAAACAUCACCAUCCCCACCCUCAUCCCAGCCAG